GUCAGGUAAAAUAAAUUUCUCAGGAUUUGGAACAAGUGAGCUCUACAUUUUGUAGGGAUUGAAUCCGAAAUCCAAAUUAAUCGAUUUUGUCCACGAUGGUUGUGAUCUGAGUGCAUUCAUUCUGAUAUAACACAUUCACUUCGUCAACAUGCCCUGGUCAAUGGCUCUGAUUUUAACAGCAGCUCUCUCAGUCGUUACACAAGCCACACAGACUAUUGAAGUGCACAAAAACUUUUGCGAACUCGACCGAAAAAGCGAGUGCCAGAAAGGUCAAUGUCUACGUUACGAUCCCAAGAAGUUCCCCAACUCAAGAUCGAUUGUGACCUUCUUCCCAGGAGGACGACUUGGAAACAAGAUCUCAGCCUAUUUGAAUCUCCUCUGGGUUCAUCUUGACCAUGAUCAAGAUGUCUAUUUCGAGAAGGAAUCCCAUGAAGUUUUGGACCGCUACUUCCAGAAUAUCAACUUUCCCACUCUCGAGGAUGGUUUGUGCGAUUGGAGGACGUUUCCGUUCGAAAAAUAUGAGAGUAACAUAGAAGAUCUCGGAGCUCCUGAAUGGAAAAAAGGCAAAGCCAUUGAGAUAUUCGUGAACAAAAAGAACUUCAUGCGUCACGAAGUUAAGGGUGGAAGAAAGUAUUAUCGCCAAUAUCGCGAAGAAAGCCUUCAUGCCUUGAAGUUUCGACCUCAAUUUCAAAACCAUGCCGAAAAUACCCUCAGGAAAGUGGCAAAGAAAGCUGAUGUGAAGGGGGAAAUCACAUUCGUGGGCGUCCAUAAUCGAAGAACAGAUUAUCUGGAAUUCCGGAAGAAGCGCCUAGGCCUGGAUAAUCUCUAUGAGGAUUACUUUCAAGAUGCUAUGGAAUACUUAAAAGAAGAGUACGACAAUCCGGUGUUUAUCUACGUUUCUGACGACAUGAAAUGGGGACAGAAGAACUUGAAAGAAGAGAAAGACAUUUUUUUCGUUGGUUGUGGAGAUCCGGAUGACGUAGAUUGCAUUGGCAAAGAUUUUGCCGUCCUUUCCAAUUGCAAUCAUACCAUCACCACUCAUGGAACGUUUGGUCAUUGGGCCGCGUUUUUGGCGGGUGGAGAGAUAUACACUGAGUACGGUGCUAUUGUUCCUGAUGCCUAUAACUAAUUUUAUGAAAUAACAUUAUGAAAUGACGAUGGCGA